AUGAAGGUCGUUCGGUACGAGCCAUUCAAUCGUAGCAAUUUCGAGAUUGUGCUCCAGAAUUCAGACGAGAGGAUAGUUGUUCCCAAAGUCAUUAUAAACCCAUGUCCUUCACAUAUCGAAGACAAUGAUAAGACGAGCGACAGCAAGAAGGACAGCGGGGAAGAAGAGAGCGAUGAAGGAGACGGAGAAGAUGAGCAGAAGACUCCCAAAGACAAUGAUGAGGUCCAACAUGGACACGCCUCUGACUCUGUAAACACCCUCCCAACCAAGCUUUUCUCUACGCACGCGAUGAGAUCCGUCACUUAUGUGAUCGACCCUCGCGGCGAUAUUGAGGUCGUGCUAGCAGCACCCAAACCAAUUCCACGGCGUUCCCUACCAAAUGGACGAUGCUCAUCAUCGUCCAUGACGGGUGAAGAGGACGAUGAGGAGGAGGAAGAUGAUUCCACGAUCAAGAUGGGAACCUUGGACAGCUUGUUCUACGGGACAACUAAUCCCCAGGGGAAAGAUAGAGAAGUCGAAAUUCGAAUGCGCGUUUCCAGCUACCAUCUGUCUCUUGCAUCUCCAGUCCUCUCUUCACAGCUGGAAAUAUCUCGUUCACGGCCGACAACGCGCGCUGCUCGACCAACCAACGCCCUACACCUCACGGGAUGGGAUGCGAAGGGGUUGGCCACCGUAUUGAACAUCAUCCACGCAGUACAACUCUAUUCGGAGAUGUGGCUCUCAAGUUUCAGAACAGAUAAAAUACCCUAUUUUUACAGCGCUUGCCUAACGUGGCUGUUUAACUCGUGGUGCUUGGUUGGCAUUCCCACCAAACGUACCACGACCCUCAACUAUCCAUUGUCAGAUAAGUUCGACGGCAUGAGAAUCGCCUUGAUAAAGAAAGUUUUGGCGGCCCUCGAAAACCUAGAGCAGACCCUCUCCACCGAACAUGGUUGUCCAGAAGCUGGGUUGGAACAAUGCACUGCUAUGGCACUUGUUUAUGGCAAGCUAGAGGACUUUCCUCAGAUGGCAGUUAAUCUUUUCGCCUUCCCCAUUCACCACCACGGCAUCAUGCCAGUCGUCACCCACGACGUAGUCCCUGAUGGGGACAUCUACAUCGUUCUUAAGAACCCCAACGCUAAAUGGACCGCUCCUCUCUUCAAACUUCGCAAACAUGCUACCGACAAAGCUUCGUACAUUCGAGACAAAUGCUCUAUGGAUCUUCCCAAGUUGUUAAGGCUUGGACUGGAGCCUUAUGAGUAUCGAAUUCGAGUGUCAUCGCAGCACUUGAUUACUGCUUGCCCCAAGUUCAAAAAGAUGCUCCAAAGCCCCUGGAAAGAAUCGGCACCCGUCAAUGCAACAUCUCCCUCGGAAUCCUCGGAUCAAGUUCCUUGCAUACCUGCAAUCCGUGAGAUCUCAACAUCCGGCUGGAAUGUACAUGCCCUAGUACAGGUACUCAAUAUUAUUCAUGGUCGCAACAAGGAGGUUACGCGAGGAGAUACCACCCUUAGGUUCAUUGCCGAUAUGACCGUCAUUGUCAACUACUACGAAUGCGUUGAAGCUGCAAGUCUUGCUGCAGAUUUAUGGAGGGAACGCGUAGAUGUACCCAAAAAAUAUGGCAAGGAAUCCAUUGUGUUGCUAUUCAUCAGUUGGGUCUUCUCUUGGGACGCAAUGUUCUCUUCAAUGGCUCAGUUGGUGAUGGAACAUGGCGAAGGCUUAGAGCAUGUUGAAACCAAUAAUCUCCCCAUUGCUACAAUCCUUGAAAAGCUGCAUAAGAAGAGACAGUGGUCUUUUCCAGUUGUCUUCAACCGACUCAAUCACCUGCGCGGGGAACUGCUACAGGGCCGCAUGGGUUGCAAUCGUAAAUGCAGGGACAUGUUAGUCGGUAGACUUGGUGCGGCUAAGAACGACAUGAACAAGAAAUUUGGAAAUUGGGACCGCAAACACAAAGGAAUCUCUGUGGGCCUCGUGAUGAGCACCCUGGACAACUAUGCUUCACCCAAAUGGAGGGACCCCGAUGAAAAGGGGCGGGCUCAUAGUCGGGACUGCAGUAUCAAAAGUCUCAUGCAACCAACUUUCAAUUAG